ACUCCGACGAGUUUCCACCAAGAGCAGGGUAGACCCACUUCCGGGCCGGUGUGUCAAAUUUGACGUGUGGCUUUUACCUUGAUAAAAUCUUUAUUUUUGCCGUGAAUUAGACCACCUAUUCCUCCUAAAGAGCUUUAGAUCGUAACGAACUAAGAUUCGCGUUACAACUGGUCCAGUUCUACACAGCCAACACAGCUCUACAAACCAUGGCCAGCCCUCGGACACGGAGAGUUCUCAAGGACUUACGUCUAAAAUCAGGAAAUAAUAACUGUUUUGAAUGUGGAACCCACAACCCCCAGUGGGUGAGUGUGUCCUAUGGGAUCUGGAUCUGUCUGGAGUGUUCAGGCAAGCACAGAGGACUGGGAGUCCAUCUAAGUUUUGUUCGCUCUGUAACGAUGGACAAGUGGAAGGAUGCUGAGCUAGAGAAGAUGAAGGUGGGAGGGAACAACACGGCCAGGGAGUUCUUCAAGUCCCAAGACGACUACAACCCCAACUGGAGCCUGUCGGAAAAGUACAACAGUAAAGCUGCAGCCUUGUAUAGAGAUAAGAUUUCCACAGAAGCGGAAGGGAAAACGUGGUCUGAACAAACUUCCUCGGCUAAAAACUAUGUCCCCUACCAGCCAACCAGGAGGACCCAGACUUCAAACACACAAAACUUUGGUUCUUCAGGUUCUAAUAGUACAUCGUCCUACCAGUCUGGUGGUCAGUUCUCCAGCAUAUCAAUGGACGAAAUCUCCUCCAAAAAAGAAGACUUCUUCCGGAGGAAACAGUUGGAGAACAUGAAUAGGCCAGAUGAUUUGCCUCCCAGUCAAGGUGGUCGCUUUGUUGGUUUUGGUUCGGCCCCCGUCGUGACCAAGUCCAGCAGUGACUCAGAUGCAUGGGCAGGAGCUCUGUCUUCACUCACAUCUACCUGGAGCUCUCUGUCCCUGAAUGCUGGCAAACUAGCAGAACAAGCAAAAGAAAGUGCCGUGAAAUUAAGUGCCACAGCCAGUGAAAAGGCGGUUAAACUUGGCGAGACCGUUCAAGUGUCGUGGAAAAGUGCUGAGGAAAAGGCCAGAGAAGGGCGUUUGUUGGGUGAUGUCGGCUCGUCUGUUACACAGUUAGCGACUAAGGUGACCACAGUGAGUCAGAAAGGCUGGAAGGACCUGCAGUCCAUAUUUACAGACCAGCCUGUGGUGCUGGAUGACGGAGGACCAACCGAGGGAAGUACCCUGUUGGGAAACCCACAAGAACGACAGAAAAGGGAGGCGCAAAGGAACAUGGACCCUGACCAUUCAGACACACCGCUCCUCCACCUGCACAGAGAAACGCCCCCUAGCAGUCCUGACUGGAACUCCGACUGGGGCUGGGACUCCAACCCCGGGGCAAACAACGGUGAGGCGGACAGCGCUGUCGAUGCCUGGCAGUGGCUGGACGAUAAGCAGGAUGUAAAAAGCACCAAGGUCACAAAAACAUCUCCGAAGUCAAAACGUUCGCCACAGAAGACGAAAGCUAAGAGUACGGAUAGCUGGGACGCGAUGUGGAACGACGGGAUUGAACCGGAGCAGCCGUCCAGCCCUGACUGGGAGAAGGGGUGGGACGAGGGAGACUGGCUGCCCAUCAACGCCAAGGAAGGCAAGGGGAAUAAAUCAGCCAAGAGCGACUAAAUACUAACUGUAUCACAGGGUUUUCUCCAGCGUAUCUCUCCAUCAGGGCUGUCACAAGGACCCAUCUUUCCAUCCUGGGACAGAAAUGUGCUUGUUGGGAUGGAAAAUAAUUUUACCCCAAAUGUCCCCAAAUGACAUGAAACUAUUCAAAAUUUACUUUUAUAAG